CGUGUGACGUCACUGACGUGCCGGCCAAAGGCCUCCAGCCCCUUGGAGAGAUCGUGACGCCGCGGCGAGCGUUUAUUACAAAUGGCGGCGUCAGCCCUGACCCGAAAAGAAACGCCGUAAGCAGGCUGUCUCGGGCGGAGUCCGCCAGACGCGCACACCGAGAGCGGACGACGCCUGAAGAGUCCGCGCGGUCGUGUCACGCCAAACAUGUUUUACUCACACCAGCCCGCCUUUACCAUGACGCCCAUCUUCAAAUUGCCCCGGAAACUACACCGCGGGAGCGCGCGCGACUACAGAGGCCCGGAUGACGGCGGCGGGUUUUUGGCGCGCGGCGCGCUCCCGCCGCAGUACGCCGCCGCCGUGUGCGAGAGCCAGAAGGAGAACGAGGACAAAUGUGGCGGGACCAAGUCCGCGCAGCAGUGCGAGCCGCUGGUCAACAAGAGGCACCUGAGGGCCCCUCAGACCCCGGCGGCGGAGAAGAUGGCCCGCGCGGGCCCGCCGGAGAGCGACCCGGAGUCUAAUAAGCAACAAAACAAGAUCCCUCUCACGGCAAGAAUCCCCAAGGAGCCUCUCAAGUCCACCAAAAACAACCAAGUAGCGCACCAUUGCCAAACCUCGCUGCCGUCAAACCCCCAGCACAAAAGCAGAACAGGGUUCCCGCAAAUCCAGGUGGCUCAGCAGAAGACUGUCUCCACGCCUGCUCAACAGAUCAACAAGAGCAGCUCCAAGAACAGAAUCCUCACCUCCCAAUCACAGAGCAGGACUCCUGAAGCGGUUCUUCGAGACACCAAGCGAUGCCUGACGCUGUACGAGCAGAACGAAAUCAAGGAGUACUCGCACGUCUGGUAUGUGGGAGAGAAGGCCAAGAAAAGCCGGCGCUCGAAAGAGGCCAUGUCGGCAGAAGGCGAGUGCUUUGACGACUCCAAAGGGUUCUACAAAGUCAGGGUUGGCGACCACCUGGCCUACCGCUUCGAGGUGCUCGGGGUGAUGGGAUCUGGACUUGCAGGAAAUGUGCUGAAAUGCAGGGACCACAAGACCAUGGUUCUCCUCGCCAUCAAGGUCUUUCGAAACACGACCGAAGGUCAUAAGCUUGCACAGACCGAGUUAGACAAUCUAAAGACUCUGCAGCGGCUGGACAAGACCAACAAAGCCAACAUGGUCCACAUGAAGGAGCACUUCUACUUCCGCAACCACCUGUGCAUCACCUUUGAGCUCUUCGAGAAGGACCUCCACAAGGCCUUAGUGGAAAGUAAACUGCAGCGGCUCUGUGAGGCCGACAUCAGGAAAUAUGCCAUUGACGUGCUCAAGUGUCUGAAGGUGUUGAAAGACAUGCAACUCAUCCACGGCGACCUGAAGCCGGAAAACAUCCUAUUGGACAAAGAAAACAAUGCCGCCGUGAGCGACUUUGGUGGGAGCAUCUUUAUAAGAGGUCGGCCCACCAAUCAGACCCUGGCCUACAUGGCCCCGGAGCGUCUGGUUGGCAAAUGUUGCACCACAGCCUCGGACAUGUGGAGCCUGGGCUGCACGCUGGCCGAGCUGGACUGGGGAUUAUUUCUCUUCAAAGGCAAAGACAAAGCGGCCAUUUUUAACUGUAUAACGAGGGUGCUCGGUCUUCCCCCUGUAGACUUGCAGGCUGCCGCCAGCAAGAAGAACUACUGCAUGGAGAGCGUGGACGAGCAGGACAAAAAGCAGCCUAAGAACCCUCUCGCCAUGAGGCUGAAGUCGAAAAAUCCAAAGUUUCUGGAUUUCAUUCGCUGCUGCCUGGAAUACGACGCGGCGAAGCGACUCACCCCGGAGAAGGCUUUGCGGCAUCCGUGGAUCAAACAAGCCACCAAACAUACAUACAACAAACCCACUAUCAGCAGCUUACUGAAGAGAGAGAAGAUUCCACCACCCAUGUUGCAGCCCACCACUCUUCACAAAUAACAGCAGGAUAUCGCAUUGGACGCCUUCUUGACGACCACUUUUUUUCCUUUUUUUUAACCUACAGGCCAGAUUGACAGAUGCAGAAUGCAAAAUAUUGCAGAAAACAACAACAACAUCUUGUCCAGUGACUAAUUUUCAGCAUGUUGCUUUUCCUCACCCAUUGGCAAGGAAAGUAACAAGCUUUUGUUUUUCAAAGUAAAUGUCAUUGUGCAUAGGUCCAUACUGUAAGGAUCCCGCCUUUCCUGUCGUGCAGCCGCGGGUGUGAGAGUGCUGAGCCUGCAAAGGAGCUCAGGGAAACGCCGCAGAGUGAGUUUAAAAGCAAUAUAAUUAAAGCGAGGAAGGACUCUGGGUUCACGCGUGACGCAGUGCGAUCACGUCCUUCCCCAUGCCCAACACCUGACUUACUGACUGACUGGUAAGUCUCAGGGUUGUUCAGCCCGACACAAAUGCUAACCUUAGCAUGCUAGCAGUUAGAAUAACCAAGUAAUAUGGCUCUGAGGCAUACGGCUCAAAUGUUAAUAGUUAGCAUGUGUCAAGUACCAUGUUUUAUGAAUUUGAGGUAUUUCGCUGCAAAAAAUGUUUAAAAAAAAUUGAACAACCAGAUAAAAAGUCAGAAGCAGCACUUUUCUGCCUCAUGUUAUUAAAGUGACAUUUUUCAACUU